AUGGCGAGACAAAGGUUUAAAAAGUUCAGCAAGUUGGAACUGAUUCUCAUUGUCCUGCUGCUUGUGUUGUUCAUCGUCGCUGUGGUUCUGAUCGUGCUCUUAGCCACUUCCACACAAUCAAAUGAUCCUGACACAACUGCCACUCCCGAUCCUACAACCACAAGAACCACUCUUAACCCGCCCAGUUGCCCAGUGCUAAGUGAACUGGAACGGAUAAGUUGCAUACCUGACAAGUUACCUGAUAAGGACACGUGUGACCAGCGUGGCUGCUGCUGGGAUCCUCAGGGAGCCGCUAAUGUUUCUUGCUACUAUUCCAGGAAUCAUGGCUACCAAAUGGAGAGUGAUCCUGUGUUUACAAAUGCAGGAUUCACAGCCCAGUUGAAAAACUUGCCUUCUGCACCCCUGUUUGGAAAUGACAUUGAAAACGUCCUGCUCACAGUCGAGUACCAGACAUCGAACCGCCUCCACUUCAAGUUGACUGACCUAACCAAAGGAAGGUAUGAAGUGCCUCAUGAGCAUGUGCAGCCCUUCAGUGGAAAUGCUGCUCCUUCCUUGAACUACCAAGUUGAGGUCUCUAAACAGCCAUUUGGCAUCAAAGUCACCAGAAAAAGCAAUAACCGUGUGCUGUUUGACUCAAGUAUUGGACCCCUCCUCUUCUCCGACCAGUUCCUGCAGCUCUCUACCCGACUGCCAAGUGCUAACGUAUAUGGCCUGGGUGAACACGUGCACCAGCAGUACCGGCAUGACAUGAAUUGGAAGACCUGGUCCUUGUUUUCCAGGGACACAACUCCCAAUGAUGAAGGAAAUAACUUGUAUGGCGUACAGACAUUCUUCCUGUGCCUUGAAGAUAGUAGUGGAUUAUCCUUUGGGGUGUUUCUGAUGAACAGCAAUGCCAUGGAGGUUACCCUUCAGCCUACUCCAGCAAUCACAUACCGCCCCAUUGGGGGGAUUCUGGACUUCUAUGUCUUCUUGGGGAACACACCUGAGGAAGUUGUUCAAGAAUAUCUAGAGCUCAUCGGGCGGCCAACUCUGCCUUCAUACUGGGCACUUGGGUUUCAGCUCAGCCGGUAUGAUUAUGGAACCCUAGACAAUAUGAAGAAAGUUGUGGAUCGAAACCGUGCAGCACAGCUCCCAUAUGAUGUUCAGCAUGCUGACAUUGAUUAUAUGGAUCAGAGGAAGGACUUCACUUACGACCCAGUGAAUUUUAAAGGCUUCCCAGAGUUUGUUAAGGAGCUACACAACAAUGGGCAGAAACUUAUUAUCAUUUUGGAUCCAGCCAUUUCUAACAACUCUCUCCCAAGUGAUCCCUAUGGUCCAUAUGACAGAGGUUCAGCAAUGAAAAUCUGGGUGAAUAGUUCUGACGGUGUAAAUGCACUCAUUGGAGAGGUCUGGCCUGGAACAACUGUCUUUCCUGAUUACACCAAUCCCGAGUGUGCUGUUUGGUGGGCAAGAGAACUUGAGCUUUUCCACAAGGAUGUGGAGUUUGAUGGCAUUUGGAUUGAUAUGAAUGAAGUCUCCAACUUUGUUGAUGGCUCAGUUUCAGGAUGUUCCACAAACAACCUCAAUUAUCCCCCAUUCACACCAAAGAUCCUGGAUGGGCACUUGUUCUCUAAGACUCUCUGCAUGGAUGCAAUUCAACAUUGGGGCAAGCAGUAUGAUGUUCACAAUCUGUAUGGCUACUCCAUGGCCAUUGCCACAGCAGAAGCCGUGAAGACGGUGUUCCCAGACAAGAGAAGCUUCAUCAUAACACGUUCUACCUUUGCGGGAUCUGGCAAGUUCGCAUCCCACUGGUUAGGAGACAAUGCUGCCACCUGGAAGGACCUCCAGUGGUCCAUUCCAGGCAUGCUUGAGUUCAACCUUUUUGGUAUCCCAAUGGUAGGGGCCGAUAUAUGUGGCUUUGCCCUGGACACAUCUGAGGAGCUCUGCAGGCGGUGGAUGCAGCUGGGGGCUUUUUAUCCAUUUUCCCGGAAUCACAAUGGCCAAGGCUACAAGGACCAGGAUCCUGCCUCUUUUGGAGCUGAUUCCUUGCUGUUGAAUUCAUCUAGGCACUACCUUAACAUCCGAUACACUCUGCUGCCUUACCUCUACACUCUUUUAUACCAUGCCCACAGCCGGGGAGACACGGUGGCUAGGCCCCUUCUGCACGAGUUCUAUGAGGACAUCAAUACUUGGGACAUAAACCGGCAGUUUCUGUGGGGACCAGGACUCCUCAUCACUCCUGUUCUGGAUGAGGGUACAGAGAAAGUGAAGGCAUAUGUGCCUGAUGCCAUCUGGUAUGACUAUGAGACCGGGGGGCAAUUGACAUGGAGAAAGCAAAGCAUUGAGAUGGAACUUCCUGGAGAUAAAAUUGGACUUCACCUUCGAGGAGGCUACAUCUUCCCCACACAACAGCCAGGCACAACCACCACAGCCAGCCGGAAGAACCCUCUUGGUCUUAUUAUUGCUCUGGAUGAAAAUAAAGAAGCAAGAGGAGAGCUGUUCUGGGAUGAUGGGGAGACAAAGGAUACUGUGGCCAAGAACAUUUACCUAUUCAGUGAAUUUUCUGUCACCCAAAACCAUUUGAAUGUGACCAUUUCAAGUCCAAACUACAAGGAUCCCAAUAACUUGACAUUCCAGGAAAUUAAAAUCCUUGGGACAGAGGCAAUUUUCAACGUUAGAGUGAAACAGAAUGGUGUCCUUAGUCAGAUGUCUCCUCAAAUCACUUAUAAUUCAAACCUGAAGGUGGCCACCAUCACAGAUAUCCAUCUCGUGCUGGGAGAAGCAUACACAGUCGAGUGGAACAUCAUGAUGGACCAGGAGAAGAUAGACUGCUACCCAGAUGAGGAUGGUGCAACUGAGGCUAAAUGCACUGCCCGUGGCUGCAUCUGGGAGGAAUCCAGCUCUUCUGGGGUCCCUUACUGCUACUUUGCCAAUGAGCUGUACUCAGUCAGCAAUGUUCAGAAUCACCCGAAUGAGGCCACAGCCGACAUCUCCUUGAAGCCUUCUCCUUAUAGCAAUGCCUUCCCCUCUACACCCGUGAAUCAACUGCAGCUCCGAGUCAUCUACCACAAGAAUGAAAUGCUGCAGUUCAAGAUCUAUGAUGCCAAUCACAGUCGAUAUGAAGUCCCAGUGCCUCUGAACAUCCCCACUGCUCCAUCCAGCACCCCUGAAGGCCGUCUCUAUGAUGUCCUCAUCAAGGAGAAUCCAUUUGGGAUUGAAAUUCGCAGGAAGAGUACAGGCACUGUAAUCUGGGACUCUCAGCUCCUGGGCUUCACCUUCAAUGACAUGUUCAUCCGCAUCUCCACCCGCCUGCCCUCCACAUACAUCUAUGGCUUUGGGGAAACUGAGCACACAACCUUCCAGAUAGACUUGAACUGGCACACGUGGGGCAUGUUUUCCAGGGACCAGCCCCCGGGGUACAAGAAGAAUUCCUAUGGUGUCCACCCUUACUACAUGGGUCUAGAGGAGGAUGGCAAUGCCCAUGGAGUCCUCCUGAUGAACAGCAAUGCCAUGGAUGUGACAUUCCAGCCCCUGCCUGCCCUCACAUACAGGACCACAGGGGGCAUUUUAGACUUCUAUGUGUUCUUGGGCCCAACUCCAGAGCUUGUCACUCAGCAAUACACAGAGUUGAUAGGUCGGCCUGUGAUGGUACCUUACUGGUCCCUGGGAUUCCAGCUGUGUCGCUAUGGAUAUGAGAAUGAUACCGAGAUCGCCAACUUGUAUGAUGAGAUGGUGGCUAAGCAGAUCCCCUAUGACGUGCAGUACUCAGACAUCGACUACAUGGAGAGACAGCUGGACUUCACCCUCAGCCCCAAAUUCUCUGGGUUUCCAGCCCUGAUCAAUCGCAUGAAGGACAAUGGGAUGCGGGUCAUCCUCAUUCUGGACCCAGCCAUUUCCGGCAAUGAGACACAGCCCUAUCCUGCCUUCACCCGGGGUGUGGAGAACAAUGUCUUCAUCAGAUAUCCCAAUAAUGGAGACAUUGUGUGGGGAAAGGUCUGGCCUGAUUACCCUGAUAUUGUGGUGGAUCCCUCUCUAGACUGGGACAGUCAAGUGGAGCAAUACCGAGCUUAUGUGGCCUUCCCAGACUUUUUCCGUGAUUCAACUGCCACAUGGUGGAAGAAGGAGAUUCAAGAACUCUACACGAACCCACAGGAACCAGGGAAGAGCUUGAAGUUUGAUGGCCUGUGGAUUGAUAUGAAUGAACCUUCCAGCUUUGUGAAUGGGGCAGUUCCUUCCGGCUGCAGUGAUUCUACUCUGAACCGCCCACCCUAUAUGCCUUAUUUGGAAGCCAGGGACAGGGGCUUGAGCAGCAAGACACUGUGCAUGGAGAGUGAGCAGAUUCUUCCAGAUGGCACCCCAUUACGGCACUAUGAUGUGCACAGCCUGUAUGGGUGGUCCCAGACCAGACCCACCUAUGAAGCUGUGCAGGAGGUGACAGGAGAGAGAGGGGUCGUCAUCACCCGCUCCACAUUCCCCUCUUCUGGACGCUGGGCAGGACACUGGCUGGGAGACAACACAGCUGCCUGGGACCAGCUGGGGAAAUCCAUUAUUGGCAUGAUGGAGUUCAGUCUCUUUGGCAUCUCCUAUACCGGGUCAGACAUCUGUGGGUUCUUUCAAGAUGCUGAGUAUGAGAUGUGUGUGCGCUGGAUGCAGCUGGGCGCAUUUUACCCCUUCUCCAGGAAUCACAACACCAUUGGGACGAGGAGACAAGACCCUGUGUCCUGGGAUGAAACCUUUGAGAAUAUUUCCAGAAGUGUGCUAGAGACCAGAUACACCCUGUUGCCGUAUCUCUACACCUUGAUGUACAAGGCCCACAUGGAGGGCAGCACAGUUGUGCGGCCUCUACUCCAUGAGUUUCUGUCAGACCGGGAGACAUGGAAUAUAGACAGACAGUUCCUGCUGGGUCCAGCCUUCCUGGUCAGCCCUGUGCUGGAGCCUAAUACCAGAAAUGUCAGUGCCUAUUUCCCUAAAGCCCACUGGUAUGACUACUACACGGGUGCAGACAUUAAUUCAACAGGAGAGUGGAAGCUCUUGCCAGCCCCUCUUGAACACAUCAAUCUUCAUAUCCGUGGAGGUUACAUCUUGCCAUGGCAACAACAUGCUCUGAACACACACUUGAGCCGGAAGAACCCUCUCGGUCUGCUCAUUGCCCUGGACGAGAACAAAGAAGCAAGAGGAGAGCUGUUCUGGGAUGAUGGGCAGUCAAAGGAUACUGUGACCACAAACUCUUACCUAUUCAGUGAAUUUUCUGUCACCCAAAAUCAUUUGAAUGUGAUCAUUUCAAGUCCAAACUACAAGGAUCCCAAUAACUUGGCAUUCCAGGAAAUUAAAAUCCUUGGGACAGAGGCAAUUUACAAUGUAAUAGUGAAACAGAAUGGUGUCCUUAGUCAAAUGUCUCCUCAAAUCACUUACAAUUCAAACCUGAAGGUGGCCACCAUCACGGAUAUCCAUCUUGUGCUGGGAGAAGCAUAUACAGUUGAGUGGAACAUCAUGAUGGACCAGGAGAAGAUAGACUGCUACCCAGAUGAGGAUGGUGCGACUGAGGCUAAAUGCACUGCCCGUGGCUGCAUCUGGGAGGAAUCCAGCUCUUCUGGGGUCCCUUAUUGCUACUUUGCCAAUGAGCUGUACUCAGUCAACAAUGUUCAGAAUCACCCGAAUGAGGCCACAGCCGACAUCUCCUUGAAGCCUUCUCCUUAUAGCAAUGCCUUCCCCUCUACACCUGUGAAUCAACUGCAGCUCCGAGUCAUCUACCACAAGAAUGAAAUGCUGCAGUUCAAGAUCUAUGAUCCCAACAACAGUCGGUAUGAAGUCCCAGUGCCUCUGAACAUCCCCACUGCUCCAUCCAGCACCCCUGAAGGCCGUCUCUAUGAUGUCCUCAUCAAACAGAAUCCAUUUGGAAUUGAAAUUCGCAGGAAGAGUACAGGCACUGUAAUCUGGGACUCUCAGCUCCUGGGCUUCACCUUCAAUGACAUGUUCAUCCGCAUCUCCACCCGCCUGCCCUCCACAUACAUCUAUGGCUUUGGGGAAACUGAGCAUACAACCUUCAAGAUAGACUUGAACUGGCACACGUGGGGCAUGUUUUCCAGGGACCAGCCCCCGGGGUACAAGAAGAAUUCCUAUGGUGUCCACCCUUACUACAUGGGUCUAGAGGAGGAUGGCAAUGCCCAUGGAGUCCUCCUGAUGAACAGCAAUGCCAUGGAUGUGACAUUCCAGCCCCUGCCUGCCCUCACAUACAGGACCACAGGGGGCAUUCUGGACUUCUUUGUGUUCUUGGGCCCAACUCCAGAGCUUGUCACUCAGCAAUACACAGAGUUGAUAGGUCGGCCUGUGAUGGUACCUUACUGGUCCCUGGGAUUCCAGCUGUGUCGCUAUGGAUAUGAGAAUGAUAUUGAGAUCGCCAACUUGUAUGAUGAGAUGGUGGCUAAGCAGAUCCCCUAUGACGUGCAGUACUCAGACAUCGACUACAUGGAGAGGCAGCUGGACUUCACCCUCAGCCCCAAGUUCUCUGGGUUUCCAGCCCUGAUCAAUCGCAUGAAGGGCAAUGGGAUGCGGGUCAUCCUCAUUCUGGACCCAGCCAUUUCCGGCAAUGAGACACAGCCCUAUCCUGCCUUCACCCGGGGUGUGGAGAAUGAUGUCUUCAUCAGAUAUCCCAAUAAUGGAGACAUUGUGUGGGGAAAGGUCUGGCCUGAUUACCCUGAUAUUGUUGUGGACCCCUCUCUAGACUGGGACAGUCAAGUGGAGCAAUACCGAGCUUAUGUGGCCUUCCCAGACUUUUUCCGUGAUUCAACUGCCACAUGGUGGAAAAAGGAAAUUCAAGAACUCUACACGAACCCAGAGGCACCAGACAAAAGCUUGAAGUUUGAUGGCCUGUGGAUUGAUAUGAAUGAACCUUCCAGCUUUGUGAAUGGGGCAGUUCCUUCGGGCUGCAGUGAUGCUACUCUGAACCGUCCACCCUACAUGCCACAUUUGGAAGCCAGGGACAGGGGUCUGAGCAGCAAGACCCUGUGCAUGGAGAGUGAGCAGAUGCUUCCAGGUGGCUCCCGGUUGCGGCACUAUGAUGUGCACAGCCUUUAUGGGUGGUCCCAGACCAGACCCACCUACGAAGCUGUGCAGGAGGUAACAGGAGAGAGAGGGGUCGUCAUCACCCGCUCCACAUUCCCCUCUUCUGGACGCUGGGCAGGACACUGGCUGGGAGACAACACAGCUGCCUGGGACCAGCUGGGGAAAUCCAUUAUUGGCAUGAUGGAGUUCAGUCUCUUUGGCAUCUCCUAUACCGGGUCAGACAUCUGUGGGUUCUUUCAAGAUGCUGAGUAUGAGAUGUGUGUGCGCUGGAUGCAGCUGGGCGCAUUUUACCCCUUCUCCAGGAACCACAACACCAUUGGGACGAGGAGACAAGACCCUGUGUCCUGGGAUGAAACCUUUGAGAAUAUUUCCAGAAGUGUGCUAGAGACCAGAUACACCCUGUUGCCGUAUCUCUACACCUUGAUGUACAAGGCCCACACGGAGGGCUGGACAGUUGUGAGGCCUCUUCUCCAUGAGUUUCUGUCAGACCGGGAGACAUGGAAUAUAGACAGACAGUUCCUGCUGGGUCCAGCCUUCCUGGUCAGCCCUGUGCUGGAGCCUAAUGCCAGAAAUGUCAAUGCCUAUUUCCCUAAAGCCCACUGGUAUGACUAUUACACGGGUGCAGACAUUAAUUCAACAGGAGAGUGGAAGCUCUUGCCAGCCCCUCUUGAACACAUCAAUCUUCAUAUCCGUGGAGGUUACAUCUUGCCAUGGCAACAACAUGCUCUGAACACACACUUGAGCCGGAAGAACCCUCUCGGUCUGCUCAUUGCCCUGGAUGAGAACAAAGAGGCAAGAGGAGAACUGUUCUGGGAUGAUGGGCAGUCAAAGGAUACUGUGACCAUGAACUCUUACCUAUUCAGUGAAUUUUCUGUCACCCAAAACCAUUUAAAUGUAACCAUUUCAAGUCCAAACUACAAGGAUCCCAAUAACUUGGCAUUCCAGGAAAUUAAAAUCUUUGGGAUAGAGGAAAUUGCCAAUGCUAGAGUGAAACAGAAUGGUGUUCUUAGUCAAAUGUCUCCUCAAAUCACUUACAAUUCAAGUCUGAAGGUGGCCACCAUCACAGAUAUCCAUCUCAUGCUGGGAGAAGCAUACACAGUCGAGUGGGACAAUGUGAGGGAUCUGGAGAAGAUAGACUGCUACCCAGAUAAGGAUGGUGCAACUGAGGCUAAAUGCACUGCCCGGGGCUGCAUCUGGGAGGAAUCCAGCACUUCUGGGGUCCCUUAUUGCUACAUUGCCAAUGAGCUGUACACAGUCAGCAAUGUUCAGAAUCAUCCAAAUGAGGCCACAGCCGACAUCUCCUUGAAGCCUUCUCCUUAUAGCAAUGCCUUCCCCUCUACACCCGUGAAUCAACUGCAGCUUCGAGUCAUCUACCACAAGAAUGAAAUGCUGCAGUUCAAGAUCUAUGAUCCCAACCACAGUCGGUAUGAAGUCCCAGUACCUCUGAACAUCCCCACUGCUCCAUCCAGCACCCCUGAAGGCCGUCUCUAUGAUGUCCUUAUCAAGGAGAAUCCAUUUGGGAUUGAAAUUCGCAGGAAGAGUACAGGCACUGUAAUCUGGGACUCUCAGCUUCUUGGCUUCACCUUCAAUGACAUGUUCAUCCGCAUCUCCACCCGCCUGCCCUCCACAUACAUCUAUGGCUUUGGGGAAACUGAGCACACAACCUUCAAGAUAGACUUGAACUGGCACACGUGGGGCAUGUUUUCCAGGGACCAGCCCCCGGGGUACAAGAAGAAUUCCUAUGGUGUCCACCCUUACUACAUGGGUCUAGAGGAGGAUGGCAAUGCCCAUGGAGUCCUCCUGAUGAACAGCAAUGCCAUGGAUGUGACAUUCCAGCCCCUGCCUGCCCUAACGUACAGAACCACAGGGGGCAUUCUGGACUUCUAUGUGUUCUUGGGCCCAACUCCAGAGCUUGUCACUCAGCAAUACACAGAGUUGAUAGGUCGGCCUGUGAUGGUACCUUACUGGUCCCUGGGAUUCCAGCUGUGUCGCUAUGGAUAUGAGAAUGAUACCGAGAUCGCCAACUUGUAUGAUGAGAUGGUGGCUAAGCAGAUCCCCUAUGACGUGCAGUACUCAGACAUCGACUACAUGGAGAGGCAGCUGGACUUCACCCUCAGCCCCAAGUUCUCUGGGUUUCCAGCCCUGAUCAAUCGCAUGAAGGGCAAUGGGAUGCGGGUCAUCCUCAUUCUGGACCCAGCCAUUUCCGGCAAUGAGACACAGCCCUAUCCUGCCUUCACCCGGGGUGUGGAGAACAAUGUCUUCAUCAGAUAUCCCAAUAAUGGAGACAUUGUCUGGGGAAAGGUCUGGCCUGAUUACCCUGAUAUUGUUGUGGACCCCUCUCUAGACUGGGACAGUCAAGUGGAGCUAUACCGAGCUUAUGUGGCCUUCCCAGACUUUUUCCGUGAUUCAACUGCCACAUGGUGGAAAAAGGAGAUUCAAGAACUCUACACGAACCCAGAGGCACCAGAGAAGAGCUUGAAGUUUGAUGGCCUGUGGAUUGAUAUGAAUGAACCUUCCAGCUUUGUGAAUGGGGCAGUUCCUUCGGGCUGCAGUGAUGCUACUCUGAACCGUCCACCCUACAUGCCACAUUUGGAAGCCAGGGACAGGGGUCUGAGCAGCAAGACCCUGUGCAUGGAGGGUGAGCAGAUGCUUCCAGAUGGCUCCCGGUUGCGGCACUAUGAUGUGCACAGCCUUUAUGGGUGGUCCCAGACCAGACCCACCUAUGAAGCUGUGCAGCAGGUGACAGGAGAGAGAGGGGUCGUCAUCACUCGCUCCACAUUCCCCUCUUCUGGACGCUGGGCAGGACACUGGCUGGGAGACAACACAGCUGCCUGGGACCAGCUGGGGAAAUCCAUUAUUGGCAUGAUGGAGUUCAGUCUCUUUGGCAUCUCCUAUACCGGGUCAGACAUCUGUGGGUUCUUUCAAGAUGCUGAGUAUGAGAUGUGUGUGCGCUGGAUGCAGCUGGGUGCAUUUUACCCCUUCUCCAGGAACCACAACACCAUUGGGACGAGGAGACAAGACCCUGUGUCCUGGGAUGAAACCUUUGAGAAUAUUUCCAGAAGUGUGCUAGAGACCAGAUACACCCUGUUGCCGUAUCUCUACACCUUGAUGUACAAGGCCCACAUGGAGGGCAGCACAGUUGUGCGGCCUCUACUCCAUGAGUUUGUGGCAGACCGUGAGACCUGGAAUAUAGACAAACAGUUCCUCCUGGGUCCAGCCUUCCUGGUCAGCCCUGUGCUGGAGCCUGAUGCUCGAAACGUCAGCGCAUAUUUCCCCACAGCCCUCUGGUAUGACUACUAUACGGGUGCAGAUAUCAAUUCGACAGGAGAGUGGAAGACCUUACCAGCCCCUCUUGAGCACAUCAAUCUUCAUGUCCGUGGGGGCUACAUCCUGCCGUGGCAACGACCCGCCCUGAACACUCACUUAAGCCGGAAGAACCCUCUCGGUCUGCUCAUUGCCCUGGACGAGAACAAAGAAGCAAGAGGAGAGCUGUUCUGGGAUGAUGGGCAGUCAAAGGAUCUCACAACCAAUAAUGUUCUAUGUCAAUUUUCAGUCACUCAAAACCGCUUGGACGUGAGUGCUGUAGGAUCAACCUACACAAAUCCUGAUAAUUUAGCAUUUCAGGAGAUUAAAAUUUUUGGAACACGGGCACUUUACAAUGUUACAGUGAAACACAAUGGUGUCAUAAGUCAGAUGUCUCCUCAAGUCACCUAUGAUCCUAACAUGAAGGUUGCAAUUAUUACGGGUAUCCAACUUCUCCUGAAAGAAUCCUAUACAGUGGAGUGGGAUGACAGCAUAAGGGACGAGGAAAAGAUAGACUGCUAUCCAGAUCAGGAUGCAGCUUCUGAAGCAAGCUGCACUGCCCGAGGCUGCAUCUGGGAGGAAUCCAGCUCUUCUGGGGUCCCUUAUUGCUACUUUGUCAAUGAGCUGUACUCAGUCAGCAAUGUUCAGUAUUACUCAAAUGUGGCCACAGCCGACAUCUCCUUGAAGCCUUCUCCUUAUAGCAAUGCCUUCCCCUCUACACCCGUGAAUCAACUGCAGCUCCGAGUGAUCUACCACAAGAAUGAAAUGCUGCAGUUCAAGAUCUACGAUCCCAACCACAGUCGGUAUGAAGUCCCAGUGCCUCUGAACAUCCCCGAUGAUCCAAUCAGCACCCGUGACGACCGUCUCUAUGAUGUCCUCAUCAAGGAGAAUCCAUUUGGGGUUGAAAUUCGCAGGAAGAGUACAGGCACUGUAAUCUGGGACUCUCAGCUCCUGGGCUUCACCUUCAAUGACAUGUUCAUCCGCAUCUCCACCCGCCUGCCCUCCACAUACAUCUAUGGCUUUGGGGAAACUGAGCACACAACCUUCAAGAUAGACUUGAACUGGCACACGUGGGGCAUGUUUUCCAGGGACCAGCCCCCGGGGUACAAGAAGAAUUCCUAUGGUGUCCACCCUUACUACAUGGGUCUAGAGGAGGAUGGCAAUGCCCAUGGAGUCCUCCUGAUGAACAGCAAUGCCAUGGAUGUGACAUUCCAGCCCCUGCCUGCCCUAACAUACAGGACCACAGGGGGCAUUCUGGACUUCUUUGUGUUCUUGGGCCCAACUCCAGAGCUUGUCACUCAGCAAUACACAGAGUUGAUAGGUCGGCCUGUGAUGGUACCUUACUGGUCCCUGGGAUUCCAGCUGUGUCGCUAUGGAUAUGAGAAUGAUACUGAGAUCGCCAACUUGUAUGAUGAGAUGGUGGCUAAGCAGAUUCCCUAUGACGUGCAGUACUCAGACAUCGACUACAUGGAGAGGCAGCUGGACUUCACCCUCAGCCCCAAGUUCUCUGGGUUUCCAGCCCUGAUCAAUCGCAUGAAGGGCAAUGGGAUGCGGGUCAUCCUCAUUCUGGACCCAGCCAUUUCCGGCAAUGAGACACAGCCCUAUCCUGCCUUCACCCGGGGUGUGGAGAACAAUGUCUUCAUCAGAUAUCCCAAUAAUGGAGACAUUGUCUGGGGAAAGGUCUGGCCUGAUUACCCUGACAUCGUUGUGGAUCCCGAUCUAGACUGGGACAGUCAAGUGGAGCAAUAUCGAGCUUAUGUGGCCUUCCCAGACUUUUUCCGUAAUUCCACUGCCACAUGGUGGAAGAGGGAAAUUGAAGAACUCUACACCAACCCACAGAAUCCAAAUAAGAGCUUGAAGUUUGAUGGCCUAUGGAUUGAUAUGAAUGAACCUUCCAGCUUUGUGAAUGGGGCAGUUCCUUCUGGCUGCAGCGAUGCUACUCUGAACCGUCCACCCUACAUGCCACAUUUGGAAGCCAGGGACAGAGGCCUGAGCAGCAAGACACUGUGCAUGGAGAGUGAGCAGAUUCUUCCAGAUGACUCUCGAGUGCGGCAUUAUGACGUACACAGCCUGUAUGGGUGGUCCCAGACCAGACCCACCUACGAAGCUGUGCAGGAGGUGACAGGAGAGAGAGGGGUCGUCAUCACCCGCUCCACAUUCCCCUCUUCUGGACGCUGGGCAGGACACUGGCUGGGAGACAACACAGCUGCCUGGGACCAGCUGGGGAAAUCCAUCAUUGGCAUGAUGGAGUUCAGUCUCUUUGGCAUCUCCUAUACCGGGUCAGACAUCUGUGGGUUCUUUCAAGAUGCUGAGUAUGAGAUGUGUGUGCGCUGGAUGCAGCUGGGUGCAUUUUACCCCUUCUCCAGGAACCACAACACCAUUGGGACGAGGAGACAAGACCCUGUGUCCUGGGAUGAAACCUUUGAGAAUAUUUCCAGAAGUGUGCUAGAGACCAGAUACACCCUGUUGCCAUAUCUCUACACCUUGAUGUACAAGGCCCACACGGAGGGCAGCACAGUUGUACGGCCUCUUCUCCAUGAGUUUGUGUCAGACCAUGAGACCUGGAAUAUAGACAAACAGUUCCUGUUGGGUCCAGCCUUCCUGGUCAGCCCUGUACUAGAGCCUAAUGCCAGAACUGUAGAUGCAUAUUUUCCCAGAGCCCGCUGGUAUGACUACUACACGGGUGUAGAUAUUAAUGCAAGGGGACAAUGGAAGAACUUGCAAGCCCCUCUUGAACACAUUAAUCUUCAUGUCCGUGGGGGCUAUAUCCUGCCCUGGCAGGAACCUGCCAUGAAUACCCGUUUGAGCCGUGAGAAGUUCAUGGGCCUCAAGGUUGCCUUGAAUGAUGAAGGACUUGCUGAGGGCUGGCUCUUCUGGGAUGAUGGGAAAAGCAUCAAUAUCACAGAACGAUCCUACUUGGCCAGCUUUUCUGUUAGCCAGAAUACAUUGCAGACACAUGUUAUUCUUAAUAAUUACAUCACUGGUACAGCACCUUUGUACCUAGGCUACAUUGAAAUCUGGGGAUUGGGCAGUGUUUCCAUUACCAAUGUGAACAUCACUGGAAACAACUUGAAUGAACCAGUCCCCUAUGACUACAAUGCCGCAACUCAGGUAUUGAAAGUUGAUGUGACUGACAAAAGAAUCAGCCUGCAUCGUUUCCAGUCACUGACAUGGAACUCUUCAUAA